GAAACAUCUCAGGCCUCGGAUUUAGAGGGUCGUUAAUGCAGGCGCGACUGGAGAUCAGGAAAGCUUGAAGUUCGAAUGGUUAAUGCUUUUUACCUUCUAACGUUGUACUUGAUACUUGUAAUUUCUCCCAAUAAAACAUUUGAAGAUAAUGUCUCUUAAGACGCCAUGGACUUUUGGUCGCGCCUCAUAGCUAACACCCGGCUGUCUUCGGGGAGUUCCAGCAAGGAUGCUGCACGGGAUCCCAUAAGACGGCGGCAACGCUUCGAGAAGGAAUAUGGUCAACUAUUGCAUAUUUGGCGAAAUUGUUCAAACCUUGCUCGAGACGAAGAUGCCGCCGAAAACAUCGAAAUCCGCCUUCAGGGGCUUACUAACAUCCUCUCCGACGAAUCUCGACGACCUUUGCCUCAUCCGUGUAUAUCUUUUUGUUCAACCAAGCAAAUCUAUGUCCCGAUCGCCAAGAUAGCCACAACUUCAUAUAACGAGUGGAUCAUCAAGGAAGCGGUUCAAUUUUAUGCUACCCUUAUUGAGAGCGAGGAGGAAGCUUUCGUCGAGAGCGAAGCCUUCUCAGCGAGCUUGACUAACCUUAUGGUUCGCAUCACUGGAGCCAAUAGUAUUCGACUGGGACCCGAUACCGAAGUAAAGGUUGUCGAAUUAGCAUUCAACAUCACCACAAAAAUCCGACUUGAGCCACAUAUCCUUUCUAGCUGGUUCAAAUCCCACCCCGAGAGCCAUGGAGGCGAAGAAAAGACGAAAGACCAGAGGGAGAAGUUUGCUGGAAGAACUCAGAAGCAAGACUUCCCGCUUUUCUAUCUGUUAAUGGACUACAUACAUCAUGAAGGGAAAAUAGGUGACUUUGCCCGAACUGGCUUGCUAUAUAUCAUCGAGGCUGCCUCAUCUUCUGUUGCUCUCGAGCAAUGGAUCGUUGAAAGUGACCUUUCGACGCUGAUGGCUACCGGGCUUGGUGCUUUGUAUAGUCAGCUCAGCCGAAAGCUCGUCAUCGACCACCCACCAGAGAAUCUGCCUCCAAUUCUUGCAUUGUCCGACUACCAGCAUCCGACGUCGACCUUCGAGAUUAUCAGUUCUUGUAGCCCGGACUUUCAGUUACAUUUGGAAACAUUCUUGUCGCAUAUGCUUUUCUGGCAGGAUGUUCUUAACCAUUGUAGAUCAGUGGAAGUUAAGUCAACUCUGCUCGAGCAUUUUCAGGUCAUCUUCUUGCAGCAAUUAUUAUACCCUUCCCUCUUGGAGUCUUCCGAUGUUGAUGGAGGCUCGUCUGUGGCCGUUCUGACUUACCUUCGACGCAUACUGGAAACCUUGGACCAUCCAGACAUGAUUAACCUCAUUCUCCAUUAUCUUCUAGCCCUCCCUGAUACACAGUCUUCAGCUUUAUCCGAGGCUGAGCCAUCCGUCAGCGCCGCGCGCAAGCGAAAGUCCAUGGACCUCGCGACUAUGAUGGCUACUAAAGUCGAAACCAGUUAUACGCCGUUGCUCUUUAAUUUAGUUGAUUUAAUUCGAUCAUGCGUCAAAUCUAGGAACCAGCAGACUGUCUGUGUGACGCUUCAGCUUGUGGCGGCGAUCCUUAAGCGGCAUCACCGAUACGCAACCACAACCCUUCUCCGCACUGAAGGUAUUGACAUGAAUGCUUCGCGUAGGACUGCAGGUGCUCACCAACAAGAAAUUGAAUUUCUGACUACUCUGGCCGGGUCUGUUGGGGGACAAGACAAUUUUGAUGAGAUGUACGACAACAUUUUAAAAGAUAGUAUGACACGCGUGGAAGGUCACCCGUGCUCUCUCAAGCUGGUCGCACCGAAAUUGUCGACGAACAACCAUAAGCUACCUGCGAUUCCCGAUAGCUUACCUGGGGCACCUCGAGAUGUCCCGCCACACACACUUAGUGUUGAUGACCCUCUCUUGAACAGCAUUCUAGAUAUUUUUGAAACUUUCUUCAUUAAUCCCGUCGAGAUGAAUCUGUCAGCUACAGAGACUGUUAUUGACUUAUCAGUGUGCGGGUAUAUAUCCGUCGAAGGAUGGUUUCUUCGCCACCCUAAGAAAUACUCGUACGAUGACGCAGACGAGCCUAUUUCUCCACCUCCCGAUCCCGAAUCUCCGUUGUUUGCAGAAUUUGAAAAGCUAGCGGCGAUAAUGAAAUGUCGCCGUCGGCCAGCGUGGAAAAAAUCAGCCCUGCCUCGUAUGCUGACCGUUUUGGAGUCCCUUGCUGACCAAGUCGAUUACUUCCGGAGUUCAGUGCCAAGAUUCGAUGAACUUUUACAACAACGCCGGGAAGCGUUCCAGACAGCUGAUGCUGUUGUGAUAAAUCCGCAGCCUCACCGGCCAAGUUCAGUCGCGACCGACCAAGCAAGUCAAGAUGGUUCCCGGGGAGAAUCGCCAGCACGACCUAGCGCGCUUGAGGGGUUUGCACAGAGGAUACUAUCUGAACUUGGGACCCCUAGCCGAUCAAAUAGUCCACGCGGGCGGAAAGAAUCGCUCCGAGGAUCGAGUACAGGUUCUGGGACAUCAGCAGGAUAUGGGUUUACGUCACCCACUCCCAAACCCACAUCCGCUCCACCAAAGGAGUUUCCCGUGAAUUACGAAAGUCCGAGCAAGAGUGGGCUGUCAAGAUCGUUUUCACCAGGAAGUCAUCACUCAGAUGCGGAUGGCCCGGUAGCUAGCCAGGCAGCUGCAUUUGCAGCAGUGGACCAAGGGAUACUUGCUCGACAGAUCACUCUGCCAACGGCAAAGAUAGAACCUAUCCCGUUGGAUUUUGAUCGGAGGAAGACAAGUCAUCCGACAGAUAUUGGAGAGGAGCAGAGCAACGACGGCGAAGGGGGAUUGGAUGAUACGGACCAACAAGACCACGAUGAAAGCGAAAUUGUAGAUCCAUCUAUUGUCCCGACGCCGCCAGAAACACCACUCGAAGUCAAGACAGCUUCGGUCUCGCACAUCCUCACCAAUGUUAUCGUCUAUCAGCAAUUCUUAUUGGAAUUGGCAAGCUUAGUACAGGUUCGGGCCGGGCUAUUCAACGAGGUCAAGUUUGCAUAGCAGAGGAAAUAGGAAUAGGGAUGGCCGAUUUUGGUGAAUGUAAGCAAUUAUACAUAACUGUCACAGGUUCCCUUCCAGCAGGAACACCACAUCUAAGGCGCCGGUGAUCGCGCCUCGUAGGGACAAAGGAGGCUUGGGGAAAGUGGAGCGAUGCUUUGCAUGUCACGGGUCCACGACACACAGCAUAGAGAGCGGGGAGGGGGUUAGAGAAUGCGGGCCUUGCUAUUCGGAUAUUUAACGUUGACUUUACGAUAGAUACCAU